AUGAAAUUUUUUAGUGUUUUAAUCUUUUUAAUUUUCAAUUCGAUUUUAUGGAGUUUAAUUAAUUCUGUUAAAAAUAAUAAAAAUCAAAAUGAGUUAAAUAUAGUUGGGGAAGCUUCAAAUGAUUUAAAUAAAAUAUUAAAUGAGGGGGCUGAAUCAUCAGUUGCUCCUAAAAAUAAAAAAUAUCAAAAAACGUUAAAACCUAAAAUUAAAAUUAAUAAAGAGGGCACAACAACGAAUAUAAAAGAUGACAAAAAGGUAAAGCAGAAAGAAUUCAAUAAAAAUUACUACGAAAAGAAUAAGGAAUCGCUGAAGAAAAAACAGAAGGAAUACUAUCAGAAAAAUAAAGAAAAGAUAAUAGAAUAUAGGCGAGAUUAUUCUCGAAAUUACAAAAAAAUCAACAAAGAAAAGAUACAAGAAUAUAGACAGAAAUAUGAAGAAGCUAAUAAAGAAAAAAGGACCGCAAAUAAACGAAAAUACCGUCAAAAAAAGAAAAAUGAAAAAGAAAUUCUAAAAAAUGAUAGUUUAAAACCAAGAAACGUUCAAGACGAUAGAGAUGAAGGAACUUCUUUUAUUAAUCCACAGAAUAAUAUUUGUGAAAACAAAGGGAAAGGAGCGAUUAUAAGCAUUGAGAAUGUUCAGUUAGAUCAAGCAAACAUUCAUUUUCAAAAUGCUACUCCAACUCAACCGCCUCAUAAUGAGGAGGGUAAUUUAUUUGUUGAUUCACAGAUGAAUGAUUGUGUAAAAAAUUCAAAAUUAGGAAACAUUCAAACUGAUAAUAAUAAAUCACUUAAAAAUCAACAGAAUGACGAUUGUGAAAACAAAGGAAAAGAGCCGAUUGUUUGCAACGAGAAUGCUCAGUUAGACCAAGGAAAUAUUAAUCGAGCUGAGGAGGAACAUCUUAUUCAAAAUGUUGAUAAUAUAAAUGAUGAUUAUCUAAAUUUCUUUUAUGAUCUAAAUUUUUGGGAUAAUCAGAAUUUCUUAUAA